AUGGCCACCAACUCUAAGUUGUCUGGCGUGUCUCAGUUCGGCUUGACGUCGCUGGCGCCAACGGCGACCCAACAUCAUUUAUCUGAAGGAUGCGAUUACAGCAGUGCCGCGAGAUUUCAACGUCCACUCGUCGACUGUAUCGAGCAUUUGGCAACGUGGCCGUGCGACGGCGCCUGUGCCGACGUCAAGUCUCGAAUGACCAAUUGUGGUCGAACGAAAUCCUACACAGUCAGUGAGAUCGAGCAGCGCAUCAAGGCAACACGUCUGGCCCAACGACAAACUUACCGUGCAUUGGGAGCAGCGAUUGAAGUCUCAACUUGGACGAUUUGGAACUUCAUCCAAAGCAAGUGGGUCACCCGACGUUCAAACUGGACAAAGCCGCGGCUCAAGCCCGAAUAG